CACGGUGCACCUUGGUGAAGAGGGUAAAGAGUUAUUUUCAGCCAUUUUGUUCGGAACAGCAACGUGGCAACCGGUACGACCGGUAUUGUGACCAUUGUGACUACCAUGAUUAUUCUUUUACUAUUGGUAACUGCAACCGCGCGUAUAACAGUAUGUUUGCCAAGCAUCGAAGUAUUGCAAUCAACGAAUACUUAUUUAACAACGGCUGAUAAAAUCCAUUUGAAGAAAAUCCUUGAACCAGGUUUAUCAUUCAAUGACGUAUCUUUAGUGUACUACGCUGUUCAGGGAUACAGAUUUCUCGAAGAACCUCUCCCGAAUCAGCAGAAUAUCUGUGAAUAUCUAACAAAAGUGAUAAAGGAAAACAGCAAUAUUACAACGGAGAAAGCUUUCUAUAUUGCCUCUACCUGGAAAGCUAUUGGAAGCUGCGGAGAACUUCCUUCAUUGACUGUACGAAAAGUGCUGCUUAGCCCGAUAGAAAAGGAUGGUUCCAGUAUGAUAGAAUUAUAUUACGCGGUAAGCGGGUUGACUGCGCUAUCUGAAAAACUGCCACGCGAUAAAGUGGAUAAAAUUACAAAAGCAGUGCAAAGUAUGUUACGAAAGGAUGACAAUCUAUGGAACUUGGGUUAUACUUUCCACAUCGCUUCGGGUCUGGGAACGAGCGACGCAUUCGCAUUCGAUCGUGUCGAAGACGCCAUUAUUCAGGCCGACGAAGUGGAUGGACAAUACUUGCAGUUUGAAGGUGGCCUUUCUGUGACUAGUUUCCUGGUGAACGGUAUUUUCAAACUGUCCCAUAAUCUAAAGAAAAAGCCAUCAUUAUCGUCGCCGCAAAUUGUUAAAAUGGCUAACUAUCUUUUGUCUCGCCGAUCUGUACAGACACCGAGGGGCGUCAUGAAUCUACUUUCAGCAUUAACGACUUUAGCAAGCAGUGAUUUCGAACAACCAAUUUGUGUAACAUUAGCCAACGAAUGCGUCAGCAUUUCAGCUCAACAGCCUUUAGUUACAGUGAAAGUUUGCAAUAUUUUGGGUGGUCCGGUUACCGGUAUGUCCAAGGUAACCGCAAAUUCAGCGACACGAAUCGGAGAUGACGCUGUAAUUUUGAGCAAACAAAAUCUGCAACCUUCACCAAUGGACAAAACAUUAUUCACGAUGAAUCUUAUGGAGGCUAAACCGGAACGCGGAUUCUACAAGAUAUCUGUCACGGCAGGAUCAGUGACAAAUGUCGUCACUGUAAAAGUUCUGUGUAAAGUAGUAGUCGAUUAUUUAGAGAUUGGUACUGGUGACGCUGAUCAGACGACACAGCCAAAGCUUACACGAGUAAUUCAUCCUGAAAAACUGAGUCACAAGAUAGAAGCUGACUCCCAGCAAAAAUUGGUUAUGCGAUUUUUACUGAAAGAUGACAUUAGUAAGAAACCUAUGCGCGCACAUCAAGUCUUUGUACGGCUUUCGUCUGCUAGUGAUUCGAAGGAUGAUAAGGACAGAAAGAGUCGUGAAAUCCUUUUUGUGGCUGAACCCGACACGUCGCAGCUUUAUAAGUUCGACAUGCCAGUUGGAUCCACAGCUGUCAACUUUGAUCACCAGAGUGGAGAUUAUAACGUGGAAUUAAUUGUUGGUGACGCCAUAUUAAGCAAUCCUUUCCAGUGGACCGUUGCAACAGUUAACUUAAAAUUCCCUGAACCGACUUCGAACGAACGAAUAGAUAAAAGCACAUCUUAUCAACAUAAAACAAACGUUUACACAACCAAGCCAGAGAUACAGCAUAUGUUCCGCGAACCUGAGAAAAGGCCACCCGCCUUCGUUUCCAAUCUAUUCACCGGUUUGUGUUUGGCUCCGGUCUUUUUGCUACUUAUUUUGUGGGCUAAACUAGGAGUGAAUAUAUCGAAUUUUCCACUUUCACUGAGCGCUCUCACAUUUCAUCUAGGUUUGGGAAGUAUCUUUGUACUUUUCGGAAUAUUUUGGUUGAAAUUGAACAUGUUCGUCACUCUUCGAUACCUACUCGGCCUCGGUGUCGUAACAUUCCUCGCUGGGAAUAAAAUGUUAUCACGUAUAGCUCAUAAACACAAGUUACGUUAAAUUGUUGCUGCAUUGAGAAUUUUUCAUUUGAAGACAUGUAGGGA